AUGUCGUCAACAUACGUUGCUCCACAGCGUAAAUACAUCGAUAUGAGCACUCUCAUGAACCGUAUCCGUCAGCGCAUUGUUGAGCGUGGUGCUGUCGGCAUCAAGGGCAUCGGCCGUCUCUUCAGAAUUGCUGAUGAUGAUAACAACAAGAUCAUCGAUCUCAAGAAUGAGCUUCCAAAGCUUAUGAACGAUAUCGGUGUCAUCCUUAACAAGACAGAACUCAAUGAGCUCAUCCGUCUCCUUGAUUCUAACGGCAACGGAACAAUCGACUACGAUGAAUUCCUUUACCAGAUGGCUCCACCAAUGAAUGAGGAGAGAAUCAAAUGGUGCAACAAGGCCUUCGACAAGCUCGAUAAGGAUGGUUCUGGCGUCGUCGCAAUUGAAGAUUUCAAGAUGGUUUACAACCCAGAAUCAUCUGAACUUGUUAAGAUGGGCAAGACAACAGCUGGCAAGAUCUUUGCUAACCUUCUCGCCUCCUACGAUACAGAUGCUGAUGGCAAAAUUACACGUACAGAAUUUAUCGAUUACUACCGCCAUAUUUCUCCAUCCAUCGAUAAUGAUGAAUACUUCGGCCUCAUGAUGACAAAUGCUUGGAAGCUCUAA